GGAUGUCAAGCCUUCGCUGGACCAAACUGAUACCUGGGACUCGUCGUCGUCGCGACCGAGUGCUGAAUCCUGAUGAUGUCGAUACCACCGCUUCAGAACGCAACGAGGAGGCGCUGGUUCGGCUACGAGCGCGGCUAACCGCUUCUGUUGGUGCUGGCGGAGCGGUCCACCAUGCGAGCUUUGCGAUUGCAUCGGCCCGAAGCAGGGAAAGUCCCAGACGCGCUUCAGCAUCCGUGCACCAACGCGGCUGGGCGAAUUUGAGUCCGCGAUUCAAUUUUGAGAUUGACAAGGAGAUCCGCAUCCCUUUCGACUUCUCGCAGAACCACCGGUUGCUCCAGCAGGAGGCCGAAAAGAUUGCGGUAUUCCACUACUCCGGGACCAGCUGCAAGCCGUGGACGCCGUUUUUGGAUUAUUUCUACUCCGGCGAUAUUACCCAAAAGCCGCGCAGCUUUGACGUACUAAUUCAAGCGGUCAAGUCGAAGUUUUACAACGCUGACACCGCCCGCGACCGGGUGGUACCGUGGGCGCAGUCGCAGCUGGAGACGUCGCACGUAGGGACGGACCCGACCGCCGUCACUUUCAUCGCGAGUACCGUGACAGCCUGGAUUGGCGAACUCUGCCGUGCGCUUUCCUGGGAAUGCCACGGCGGGUAUCAAUCCUCCUGGUGGCAGCAGGCAGGGGGCGCCACAAGCAGUUUCCAGGGUGUAGAAAAGCAUCGUGUUGACUCGGAAGUAUCUCAAGAAAAAGUUCGGGAGGGCGAAGUUACAGCCGGCGCUGCCUGGCAGUCCGCGGCUUCGCACGGGAACAAGAUUUCCGUGCGUAAGGACGAAGCUGCGGACGCACAGUCAAAGGCCGUUCUCGAAGAACCUGUAGCAGGACGAGAUCACGUAGCGACCGUUCAUCCGCAGCGAGACGGGCACGCUUGCGACGAAGAGAUGGAAGUGGGGUCGCAGCCACCGGCUGAGAACGUUUCUUGUAGGAGCAUCGGGAGGACGGCGGGGAGUGUAGAAGUCGACACGAAUGAUCAAAGUUCGUCUACUUUUGAAGAAAAUCAAAAGUUGUCUACCACUCGCCCUCGCCAGCAAGGAAAAGCGCACAACACAACGGAUGGAGCACGUACGAAUCGUGUCAACUCGGAAUCUUCAGGUGGAAGUCGAACGGUGGUAAAGCACAAGAAGAAAACCAAAAAGGCCUCGCGACAGCAGCGGGGUAGCGGAGAAGCGAACGACUCGUCAGGCCGCUCGAAAUCAGAGGACGGUCACCGCCCGCCAACGCAGAAACGGAGAAUACGUGAUGGCGGAACCCGCGAACAAUCCCCACUGUCAGUUGCUGAGAUGAGAGAUGCUGCAACGAGUAGCGGACUACGUUCACAAGAGCAGAAAGGAGACCGCCUGUCGGCGGGGCCACGAGGAAGUGGGAGAAGCGAAGCCUCCGUAGGUCUGCGCACGGAGGUCGUUUUCGAAGACGAUUUUCCGUUUUUCAUGUCGAGCGAAGAUCCGGAAGAACGCCGGCGUACGCUGAAGCGGUUGAAAGCGGUGAAAAGCGACCUGCAAGACUUCCUGGAGAAAGUAGAAAAGUUGGAUGUGCUUCUGAACCGACAGAGUGCCGCCAUCCGCGCUUAUUGCAUUACCCAAUCCUACGGAAAGUAUGCGGAUGUCCUGUCCUCCAUGCCAUCUGGCGUGCGACGCUCCUACUUUGGAGUUGGUGCAACCGCGCCCUGCAGCUUGCCCGGUUUCGUGCAAGGAUGCGUCGGGCUGUUCCGGGCACUUCUUGAGCUUGAGCACGAGUCAUGUCUUGCGAGAAGCGCAGAAGACGGAAGCGCAGCCCGCCAGGGGGUGCUAAGGUGGUUUCGCAAGACCCACGGUGAGGGGCGAUACCGCGUACUGCCGGAUACGGACCAGGGGGCGGCACAAAUUGCGCUUUUCUACAUUCGCAGUCUGGUCGGCAUGUCGCUGUUUGCCUCAGUGCGGAAGCUUCUAGCGAGAGCCCGGAAGUGGAUGUCAUCGGCGCCGGAACAAAAGAGCCUCGACCAGUUGCUGCUUGGAACGGAUGGCGAGUCAGAAUUGCAUCGUCUAGUUGGUUUCGAGCGCUACGAUCUGUCCCUUCCUUCGCUAGAGCCUCCCAGUGGCGACGCCGAUUUUUACCGUCCUGACGUCCAAGCCAUAAAAAACUUUUUGCGCUCGCUAGAUCAUUCACGUCUCGCUCUCGUCACAGAUUGGCGCGACGGUGUGACAGGGCUGACAGCGCUUGAAUGGACCGAGGGCCUGACGAAGAAGUUUCGUGACCAACUUCAGAGCUGCACCUCUGAGCUGGCACGGACGAAACUACAAACGGUUCUUGAGGCCUACAGUGCUAUAUCCGAGCAAAGGCUUCUCGCAGGUGUGCGGCGUGCUGACGCCGCGACCUCGUGCGAACCGCCUCGAAGAACCAGUCAUCCUUCUCCAAUUCGCCGUUCCUGCAAAGACCAGGUAAAGUCUGGUCGCGCCGGCAAGAUUGAUCCGCAAGAGCCACUACGAAGCAGAAAAAACCGUGCACCCUCCUCGCAAGGAAAUUGCAGUGGGGAAAGAACAAGAAUAAAAAACCCCUCUAAAAAAGUGCGGGAUGUUGAAAACUAGAUUUUCUUUUGCACGAGGAAAGCCAGGUUCCAUGAUUGAAAUCAAUUGGAGUGCAAAGAAAGCAUGGAAUGACGGAAGCCUUGCUACCAAUUUGUUUUUUGGCAAAACGUUGCUCUUCCCAUGUUUAGGCGUAGAAAAAGCGCCAUCAAUGCUUCUAAGCCGAAGCCAGAAGCU